GAUCUAAUCCGAUCAAAUAUCGAAUAGACGCUCAGAAUUCAGAUGGGUAUUUGCCGAUUUGGGAUAAAAUUCUGAAACCAAUUUUAAUUAUCAACUCUGUUAAUGAAGAAUUCCAGAAAGAAAACUCAAAGUAGACGAAUAACGGAAGAAGACAGAGGAGAUUGCCAUUAGAGGAAGUGAAGUUUCGUGAGAAACAAAGAAAGGUAAAAUCAGGGAUUCCUGCAAUUCCAAACCCCCAUGAGUGUGCAAACACCGUAAAAGUAUAAUGUUUGGGAUUUCCUACGGAGAGCUCUUUCUCAUAGUUGGAGCGGCCGCUGCACUAAUUGGUCCCAAGGAUCUCCCAAUCAUCGCCAGAACAGCAGGAAGGUUAGCUGGCAGAGCAAUCGGAUACGUUCAACUCGCUCGUGGGCAGCUUGAAAAUGUUCUGCAUGAGUCUCAAGCUAGCCAGGUGCACAAAGAACUCAAAGAGACGAUGCAACAACUAGAAGCAAUUCGUUAUGAAAUCCGAAGCAUAUCUAUCAUGAAUCCGGGUCCAGUGACUCGUAGGCUAAUGGAAAAUCCAGAGGUUACAUCACCUGGCAGUGAAAACGGUGUGUCUGAGAAGCUUGAUGGAGAGACUAUGUCAACAAAUACCAUCUCAAAGGUUAUGGAUUAUGGUUCAAAAACCUCAGUUUCUGCUGAUCUUCACAGCCAAGCAACUAUUUGUGAUAGAUUGGCUGCAUCCCCAGCUUUAAGAACUGGCUCUUUUAACAGUGGUGGAGAUGCUGAAAAGCUUGAUGAUGAAGUUAGUAAUUUUAACAUUCUUCCUGUCUCUGCUGAAAGCGCUGGGUUACUACCAAGCCGGAAGGAUGAUGUAAAAGGAUCAGAUAUUGUUUUGGAAGCAAUAAUAGAAGCAGAGGUGGCUCACAAUGCUAAGAACUUUUUUUCACAACCUCAAAAUCAGAUACCAAGUGAAUGAAAGAUUGGAUGUUUACAGGAUGAAGAACAACCUCUUCAAGAAUAUUGUUACACAUUAUUUUUCGUUGGAGAGGCUGGCCAUUUCCUUAUUCGUCCAUGCUGAUAUGCCUGUGAUUCUGAUUUGAGCUGUUCAUUAGAAGUGUUAGCAGAAGUGUUGUUGGGAACAUUUCUGUCAAGGAGUUCACAGCCAAAUUCGUCACUAGGAUGUUACACAAUCUGCUGUUUUUAUUGGAUUGAAAACCAUCCUAAGAUUAUCAUUUGAAUAGAUUAACUUUUUUACCAUCACACUGGCUUGGUCAUUUCUUUUUCUGGUGUUGAAUUGUUGAUAGCUACUGCCCCAAUUUGGAAAUUCUGGAUCAUUUCCAAAUCUAUUCUCUGUACCAAUCAUUCAGACAAAUGUAAAUUUUGUGGAUAGCUAAGAUAUUGCAAAGGUACCCGUUCAUCA